CCGGCCUCUCUCAAAUACUUCUAUAGCUUCUACCUUAUUGAUUAUUUUUAUUCAGGGAUUGCCUCAAUAUAUUUCGGGAAAUUAUGGAUCGUCACGUUCCUAUGCACGCUUUACCUGAAGAAAUCCAACAGAUGUCUCCUAAACAAAAAGUUUGUAACUACUGUGGAGUCAGCUAUCUAAUUCUUCAUGAAUUUAAAGCUAUGGAAGAAAAAAUGAAAGCAAUGGAAAAAGAGAUGAUAUUUUAUCAAGGAAGUGUAGAACGUGAAAAGACACUUCAAGAACAGCUACAGUCUCUUAGCCAAGAGUUUGAACAAUACAAAAUAGACACUGAGUCCAAAUCAAAAAGACUGUAUGAAACAAACAUGCAGUUAAAAAAUCAAGAAAAUGAAUUCCAGAGAGUACAGAAAGAAUUAAGUUGUUCACAACAUGAAUUAAAAAUUAAACACAGAGAAUCACAAAUCUUAAGUCAAAAAUUGUUGGAGUCCAACUAUUUAUGGAAGAAGACUUGUUCUUUGCUUUCAUCUACUAAAAAGGAGCUAACUACUAUUAAAAAUGAAAUGAAUGAUAAUUUUAAAGAUUGGACUUCACUUAAAGGAGAAGUUUUUCUACAAGUUAAAUCUAUUCGUGAAACAGCCUUGACAGAAAUAGAUACAUUAAAUAAAAGUUUGGCAGUAUCCCAGAAAAAUAAGGAAUGUCUUGAAGAGGAAAUAAAAACUCUCAAGUUGCUGUCAGAUGCAGCCAUGUUGAAAUCUCAGCAGGCCGCGGCAUCGAGAGAACGGGAAGUAAACCUGCAGUCCAAAUGCUACGGUCUGGAGAAAGAAGUACUAGAUUUACAAUGUCAAGUAGAGGCACUUACAUUAAAAAUUCAGAAGACAACGACUGAACUGGACGACAAUAAAGAAAUGCUCAAGAUUAAAUCUACUGAAGCUGAUGACUGUCAAAAAGAACUUAGAAAACUGAAGUUUGAGUCCAUUAUCUCUGAGUCACGGCACACUAGGUUGCUUAAAGAAAAAGAAGACUCUUUAAUGACCUGCCAACAGGUACAUAAAACUUUACAGGAAGAACUGUCUAUAAAAGAAAGGCAAGAAGAAGAUGUAAAAACAAGAAUUCAGCUUGCUGAAAAUGAGCUUCAGAUCACUAAAACUCUUCUGAACCAGACACAGGAAGAGGUUGUGACAUUGAAAAAUGAAAGAGAAUUGAUGCUGAUUUCACAUCAGAAAAACAUUGAGCAGCUGCGGGAAACCCUGAGACAGAAGCUGCUGAGCGACGAUAACUGGAGAGAAAAGAUUGAAAGUGAACUUUCCAAGGAAAGGGCCCGACAUUUAGCUGAACUUUCCAAGGAAAGGAUCCAAUAUUUAGCUGAAUUCAAGAAAGAAGCAAAACUGGAGCUUGAAAUUGAGAAAGAAAAACACGAAGCAAUAAUCCAAAAAUAUAAGAAAGAACAAGAAGAACUACAAAUGAAGAUAUCUGACUCUGUUGCGGGUGCUACCAGAGACCUAAGACUGAAAGUGGCAGCUCUCGAAAAAAAACUCCAGGAAUCGCACAUCCGAUAUACUGAAGAGUCUGAAUCAAAGAAAAAAGAAACUGAAAGCCUUAAAAAUGUAGUUGCAGAAUUUGAAUCUCGCUUAAAAAAGGAAAUUAACAAUGAUUCAGUCUCCCAAGACUUGAAGGACAAAAUGAAGCACAAGUCAGAUGAACUGGAAAAAAUAAUGCUAGAACAAACACAACUGAUGCAGCAAUUUAAGCAGGCCCAGGAGGAGAACACUGUUCUGCAAGAAACGGUACGCAGAGAGUGUGAAGAACGCUUUGAACUGACAGAGGCAUUGGGUCAAGCCAGAGAGCAGCUCCUGAAGUUCAGCAAGCUCCAUGGAACCUUGCAGUUGUCACCACACUCCCACGGCCAGGGCAGCCUAACCUCCUCUGCAGCAGCUGUUGAGAAUCAAAGAGAAAGAAGCCCUAUGACACAGACCACUGCGGUAGGACUCAGAAUCCCCAGCCGACACAGACCAGCCAAGCCCAUGGACUCCUCGGCCUCAGCUAAGCCCAAGACGGCCAGCAACGCGGGCCUGCCUAUGCUCCACAAACCCAACGCGGGCCUGCCUAUGCUCCACAAACCCAACGCGGGCGUGCCUAUGCUCCACAAACCGCGCCCUCCUCCCAAGGGCCCAGCACCGUCAGUCAGUCAGACCAGACAGAGGCUGGCGGCCAUGGUGCGGAGGAGGAUGAGUCAGAAAUGA